UGUUUACAAACGCUCGGUGUUUGUCGGUCAGUGCGCAGCGGCGUGUGAGCGCGAGCACCGGCGGCUCAUUCACACCGACAACAACAACAACACACCGACAGCGGCCCGUUCACCGGAACACCGGGCAGCAGCGGAUCACCGGGCAGCAGCGGAUUAGCGGGGCCGCCAUCAUGCCGUGUCGGAAGGAGAAGUUCCUGUUCCUGGAGCAGGCGGUGAGCGGCGGCUCCGUGGACGUGGACGCGCUGGUCACGAAGAUCGGUGAGGCGCUGCAGCUGCACGGGAACGGCGGCGGACAGAAGACAGUGUCCGUGUCCGUGUCCUGCCUGCACGGCCUCACCGGCGGCGGCGGCUCGGCCCCCGGCGGCGGAGCGGGGGCUCCGGCUCAGAAGCGGCCCGGCUGCUGCAUGCGGCUUCGGAAGCAGCGGGGGCCCCGGGGCGGCCCCUACAGCCUGCCCGGCUCCACCGGGGACCGGGACUGGGACCGAAUCAAACCGUGGAACAAAAAGCGGCUCCCGGUGGAGGAGGACGACCCGCAUCGGCUCCUGCAGGAGCUGCUCCUCUCCGGGAACCUGAUCAAGGAGGCCGUGAGGCGGCUGCAGUUCUCCGCCGCGGACUGUGCAGACUUCCCCCCGCCGCCGGACAACGUGUCCUGCUGAUACCGGGACGGACGCUCCGGGAACCGGCUGUCCCGGACGGACACUACAGACUCUGUUCAGACUCGAGCGGACCGGAAGAGCUCUCCGUUUUCAUCCCGAUUCAUCGGUUCGUCUCCGCGGCUAACCUAGCCGCCCGGCUAACAGCCUGCUGUCUCUGUGUGAAUGUGUCCCAAUGUGUCCCCUGCGGGGUGAAUGUGUCUCCUGCGGGGUGAAUGUGUACCCGUGAGUGCUAUGGAGACACUUGAAAUCCAGCUCCAGUGUCUUUUGUCUGUGUGAAGACAGAGUCCUAAACAAUGGACGCUCCUCUGAGGGAUUCACGAUUGGUAUCGGCACGUUAUCGGUGUGUAGGUAUCGGCAGAUAUUGGCGAUAUUUUAAUUAAAUUUUUUAGUAAUUGGUGACUUUAAAAUGAGAAUUGGCCAACAUGUUGAUUUAAGCCCUUAUCAAAAACCCAAAAUAUCUCCCUGUGUGUGUGUGUGUGUGUGUGUGUGUGUGUGUGUGUAAAUCUGACAGUGAAAUCAGACGUACUGCUGAACUUUGACCACUGUAGAUAAAAAAAGGCUUAAAAGUUAUUGUUGUUUAAUAUUUUUGCAUGCUUUUAUUUUUUAAUUCUUUAAACCUUUUUGACUUUUAAACCGAAAAUCAGCCGAAAUGCUGAUUUCUGCCGAUAUCACAAACCGACCGGGUCAGCAGAGACCUGGUCAGCAGAGACCGGAUCAGCUGGUCCGCUGUGACAUCAGGGGACAUGUGGACAGGUGUGGUCUUUAUGGAUGGUUGGUCCUGGUUUCCGUCUGAGAUGUAAAUGAUUUCAGUCGGUCGAGUGUUUCGUGUCUGAUGGAGACUCAGAGGUCCCCUCCUGGUGUCGGGGUCCAGACUUGGUCGUGACUUUAAGAUCCACACGUCAGAGAAAUGACCUCAUAUUCAGUUUCACAUGAUUAGAUAAUUAAAUAACUCACAGACUUAACACACAGAGAAAUUAAACAUUUAUCUUUUAACCUCUGCAGGAAAAAAGUCAAACUAUUUUAAAGAGA